AUGGUUCUGGAUUCGUGUACAAGUGCUUCGAGUGUGGCCAAGUUGAACAUUUCAAGGAGAACUUUUAAAAGCAGGGCAACUCACGGCGCUGCAUUUGCCGUGGAAGAAGAACGAGGUGCUGAGUGGCUCAUUGAUAAUGAAGCCAAAUCGCACAUGAUACAUCAUCGCUGUGAUCUGUCUGAUAAUGAAAAUCUGGAUGUUGGUCCAGAGGUCACCAUUGCGGGCGGCAAGAAGCUGGGUGCGUCAAGAAAGGGGAUUGUAAGGCUGAGAGAACUUGACGGCGCGGACCAAAAUGGUCAAGGUCUUGCACAUUCCGACAUCACCUGUGCUGGAGAUCGCUCACACGGCCGUGAUGGGGCAGAUGAAACUCUCACAAUGGGUGGUGCACGAAGAAGAGCGUUUGAACGAUUGGAUGCCGGUGGAUUCGCGAAGAAGCGCAAUGAGCUCGGACAGGUCGUGCGAUACAAGACUCGACUCGUCGAUAUGGGCUAUAAGCAGAAAUUCGACUUAUUUGAGGCCUCACCAUUCGUUGCGGACAUGGACUCCAUCAAAAUCGUGCUAGCUGUAGCUGUCGCGAUGGGAUACGUGACUGAGCUGCUAGAUGUCGACACUGCGUUUUUAAACAUUGAUCUCAAGGAAGAGGUCUACAUGGAAAAACCACAUAUAAUUGUCGCUGCCAUCAAUAUGAUGUGCAAGCUGAACAAAGAGACUUUUGAUCUCCGACAGGCUGCAAGCGCAUGA